UCAUCUUCCAACCUUAAGAUUUUCGGUUAUUUAUUUACUCACAAAACACAAUGUCGGCCUCAUCGGCUCCCCGCCUCAAAGACCGCGGCGGCGCUGGCGCCGUCGCAGGGUCCAAAGCCGCUGCCGCUCUCAAACCAUCCAAGCCCCUCACGCCGGUACCCUUUUCCGACAAGAGGUACUCCAGCGUCGGAAAAGAGAACCCUCUUUCUGGGACCGCCGCUUUCCGGACCUCGGCCAAGAAGCCCACGAUCCGGCCCGUUCCACGCGUUGACAAGGCGUCUGUGUCUGUGGCAACCAGAGACGGCGGUGGCGAAACGCGUGCCCGGUGGUCCAUGCCGUCGGCGCCGAGAGGUAGGAGCUCUAGUCCUUCUGAGUUUACAAGGGUACUUUGUCAUACGGGUAAGGAGCGAAGGGUCUCAGUGGGUCGGGCCAGACCGGGUUCGGGUCUGAGUUCAGUGGGGGAGAGCGAUAGAGUGGUGGCGAGUGCAGGGAAGGCUCUGAGUAAUGUUAGGGGAUCAGCGAGUGGGAAGCAGAGAAAGGGGUUUAGGGAUUUGGAUGUGAAGAAGAGUGAAGUGGGGGCGAAUGGGAUUAAGGUUUUGAGGGAUAUCAAAGAAAUUGGUGAAGUUGAUGUGAAUUUAGAGAAAAAUAAUGCAACUUCUGGAGAAUUAGAAGUGAAAGGGGUGGGAAUUGAGAAG